CAUAUAUAACAAAGUGCACGAAAAAUCGCAGUUGUAUACAAUGCAAUAGUCGUGAUGACUCCUGCGUUCUUUAUGGUAGUUGUAACUGCGCUGCUGAGCGUCGACGCCUUUCCUUUGGAGGCGUCGAUACAACAGCAAAGAGUGAGGCGACAGGUGCCUGGCGCUCCAAAGACACAGGACCCCAGAGAAGUAAUAGUUGGCGCUCCAGGGUUAAAGGACCCCACUGAACCAAAAUACAAGAAACUGGCUCAAGAAUCCUUCGAGAACUACCGAGAGACUCACCCUGAAGUCAGCCAGAUCGUUGUCAACGAUAUUAUAGUCACUAAAGUCACCGGACAGUUAGUGGAAGGAUACAUAAACCGUAUUAACUUUGUGGUGUUCCCUUCCUACGGUAAUGAACUUCAGUGCUAUUCGAAAAUUUAUGAAAGCUUUAAAGGUCUAAAGGAAUAUAAAGUAAAUUGUGAUCGAGUAAAACUGGGGCAACAGUAGGAUCGAAAUGGUCCUAACCUAAAUAUUUGGCGGUAGAAAAAUAUGAAAAGUCUAACUAAGGAAUAAAUCAAUAUUUUUUAAUGAAAUAAAUUGUUACUUGUUUUAAGUAGUCACACUACUAUAAGUAUAUAAAUUAAUUUCAACUCUUCGGCCGCGUAGACUGACGUGAUAACUUGGACACCACCUCGACCGUCAUGGUACCCGUUGAUAAUUCUCUGGUGUAUUUUAUCUUUGAAUUUAAUUAUAAAUAAAUAAUUUUGUCGUGGUU